UCCGUCAUUGUGUGUCUGUGGAUGAAGAUGCGUCCCGUCCUCCUCCUCCUCCACCACCUCCUCCUCCUCCUCCUGCUGACGGAGUUCUCUGAGAGUAAAAACAAAGACUUCUACACCUUUAAGGUGGUGAACAGCAGAGGGAAGCUGGUGUCUCUGGAGAAGUACCGGGGCUCGGUGUCCCUGGUGGUGAACGUGGCCAGUGAAUGUGGUUUCACCGAGGACCACUACCGAGACCUGCAGCAGCUGCAGAGAGACCUGGGCCCGUACCACUUCAACGUCCUGGCCUUCCCCUGCAACCAGUUCGGCCAGCAGGAGCCCGGCAGCGACAGGGACAUCGACAGCUUCGUACGGAGAGUCUACGGCGUCUCCUUCCCCCUGUUCAGUAAGAUCGCCGUGGUCGGAACCGGCGCCAACAACGCCUACAAGUACCUGGUCGAGUCUUCUGGAAAAGAGCCGGACUGGAACUUCUGGAAAUAUCUGAUUGACGUAAACGGCGGUGUGGUGGACGCGUGGGGACCGAAGGUUCCCGUCACAGAGAUCAGAGGACGGAUCUCUGAAAUGGUUCGUCAGAUCAUCCUGAAGAAGAAAGAGGAGCUUUAACAGGGAAACUGUGCUGGUCCAGUGGGACUCUGUUAGAAUAAAGCUUGAGAUGAAACAGAGUGAAAGCACUGAAGAGACACCACUACGUUUAUCAGGUGAUGGCGUUCAAGACAAAGAGCUCCUGCUUCCUGUUUCCUGUCUGUUGGUCAUGUUUGGUUUUUUAUUCAUUCUGAUUUGUGGAAUAAACUUUUUACUGUGAUGAGAGAAACUUCCUGCUGUGUUUAUGUCUUUAAACAACUUUUACUGAGGAAACAUUUCCAACCAGCUGUAGUUCUGUUGAUUCUUGUAUCUCUGCUGUUAUUAAAAGGUU